GUCACUCAGAAAAGCGGAAGUAAACAUGUCUGUGGAGCGGAGCAUGGAGGUCUCACAGCUCCUGGCGAAGGCAGAGCUGCUGAAACAGGGGGCAGAAGCCCGCCUUUACCGCACACGCUUUCUGGGAAAACCGGUCAUCGUUAAAGAACGAUUCUCAAAGCGAUACAGACACCCAGCCCUGGACGAAAAGCUGACGCACCGCAGGACUGUGCAGGAGCUGCGCGCCAUACUGCGCUGCCGCAAAGCAGGUAUUCCUGCCCCUGCUGUUUAUUUUGUGGAUCACAGCACCCACUGCAUCUUCUUGGAGGAAAUAGUGGAUUCCUGCACCGUCAGAGACCACAUAGCUUCUACACAGCAGCAGCCCAGAGGACCGGAGCAGCUUGAGCGCCUGGCUGAAAAAAUAGGCCAGAUGUUGGCUCAAAUGCACGAUGAAGACCUGAUCCAUGGCGACCUGACCACGUCCAACAUGCUCCUCAAACACACUGUAGAUGGAGCAGAGAGCCAGCUCCUGCUAAUAGACUUUGGCCUAAGUUAUAUAUCUGCACUAGCUGAGGACAAAGGGGUGGACCUGUAUGUUCUGGAGAAGGCUUUCCUCAGCACACAUCCCAACACUGAGGUACUGUUUGAGAGGCUGCUCAGAAGCUACACCAAGGCCUCCAAGAAGUCUGAACCUGUCAUUAAGAAGCUAGAUGAAGUACGGUUACGAGGGAGGAAAAGAUCCAUGGUUGGAUAAGGACUAAGUUUGUUUAAAUACAUAUGGUUGGAUCCAUUUCUAUUAAUAAAAUUACUUUGGUGUGAUUACCAGUUU